AUGGCGCCUUCCAAGUUGAGCAGCGUGCCUAUUAUAGACAUACAUGUCAAUGAUUUCAAGGACUCACUGGCUAACGAGAUCUAUACUGGCCUCAAGCGUCCACACGGAGGAGCAAAGUCCUUACCGACACUCCUUCUCUAUAGUACCGAAGGUCUUCGCCGCUUUGAGGCAUAUAUACGCUACUUAGAUGAGGCGAUACGAGCACGCAACCAGGAUAGUCAACCAGCUCCCGGAACCAUGAGAGAACUACUGGAGCUUGGUAGCGGGAAUCUCCGCAAGAUUAAAAUAUUGUUGGACGAGUUUGAACGAAAGAAAAAGGCUGUUGAAUAUUUUGCUCUUGAUCUGUCCCUAGAGGAGCUUCUCCGUACAUUCGCUGAAAUUCCUCCGGGAGGUUAUAAAUAUGUCCAAUGUCGCGGCCUCCACGGAACAUAUGAUGAUGCUCUUGCCUGGUUGGCGAAGCCGGAGAAUAGACAAAAUCCAACCUGUAUUAUGUCUAUGGGAUCAUCCAUCGGCAAUUUUACUCGUCCGGAAGCUGCUAAGUUUUUGAAUCGAUUUUCGAGGAUGCUCGGGCCAUCCGAUUCCUUCCUUGUUGGAAUAGAUGCUUGUAAAAAUCCUGACAAAGUGUAUAGGGCUUACAACGACAAUCAUGGCGUGACCAAGGACUUUUACAUGAUGGGGCUUUCCCACGCCAAUUCUAUCCUCGGAUUUCGGGCAUUCAAAAAAGAAGAUUGGGACGUGGCUUGUCGUUUCGAUAUGGCAACUGGAUCACAUAAGGCCUAUUAUGUUCCAAAUGUGGACGUCUCCUUGGAUGGAGUGGUCAUGAAAAAGGGUGAAAAGAUAUUGUUCGAGCAGGCUUUCAAAUACGGACCCAAGGAGUGCAAGGACCUGUUUCAACGCGCGGGAGUAACGCCAAUAGCACAGUUUAGAAAUUGCACUGGUGAAUAUUAUGUUCACCUCCUGUCAUCCUGCACCUUGGAAAUGCCCACUCAAGUCACGGAGUACGUGGCGGAUGUAAUUCCCAAUGUUGUAGAUUUUGAAAAUCUUUGGAAGAUUUGGGAUACCGUGACUCUAUCUAUGAUUUCCCAGGAUGAACUGCUGUCAAAACCCAUUAAGUUAAGAAAUGCAUUGAUUUUCUAUCUCGGGCAUUCUCCGACUUUCUUUGGUAGGUUCGUGUAUUUGUCAGUCAUCCUGAGAGGUGUUGCUGAGAUCAAAAUAGACAUCCACCUAACGAGAGCCACGGACGGCAUCCCGACAGAACCUAAGCACUAUCAAUCGAUAUUUGAGCGGGGUAUUGAUCCAGAUGUUGAUAACCCGGAGCUUUGCCACGAUCAUUCUGACAUCCCAAGCGAAUGGCCACACCUUGGAGAGAUUCUGACGUACAGAGAUGCCGUUCGCAGCCGAGCACGCGCCAUAUUAGCGCAUGGAGUUAAGACCCGCCGUUUGGCUGAGGCAUUGUGGAUUGGCUUCGAGCACGAAGCAAUGCAUCUGGAAACAUUCCUAUACAUGCUCUUGCAGAGUGACAAAAUUCUCCCACCACCUGGAGUUCCUCAGCCGAACUUUGAAUCUCUCGCCCACCAAUCUGCGUUGGAAUCAAGGGAAAGUUCCUGGUUCACUAUUCCCGAGCAACAGGUAUCCAUUGGCCUACAUGAUCCGGAUGAUCAUGUUAUCCCAAAGCACUCUUUUGGUUGGGAUAAUGAAAAACCCAAGAGGAUGGUGAACGUUCCUGCAUUUGCUGCACAAGCCCGGCCUAUUACGAAUGGAGAGUAUGCGAAAUACUUAGAACAGCACCAUAUUUCAUCGAUACCAGCGUCCUGGAUUGACCUGGUCCUGAAGACAGCUGAUGUUAGGCGGAAUGGUUAUGGCAAUUGUAACGGCUAUUCUACCAACGGGCAUAACCAACUUGACUCCAGAGCUAGUAACGAGUUUCUGGAGAGAUUUGCAAUUCGCACUGUCUUUGGACCCAUACCUUUGAAAUGGGCACUUGACUGGCCCGUGAUGGCUUCGUUCAAUGAGCUUCAAGGAUAUGCAGAGUCUAUGAGCUGCAGGAUUCCUACCUUUGAAGAGGUUCGAAGUAUCUACCAGUACUCCAUGUUUCUUAAAUCAUUGGAGGACGAUAGAGCGCUUCAUUCGACGAAUGGGCACGGCCACCGAAUUGUCAGGGUCGUGAAGACCUUAGACAAAUCAGUUGAACCCCCCGCGGAAGACGCUCACGGCAAUCCUCGCACACCGGAUCACCAGCCUGUUCAAUCCCCUUCAACAAAACCCAUGCCAGUGUUUAUUGAUCUCGACGACAAUUGCAACGUCGGGUUCAAACACUGGCACCCUACCCCAGUCACCAAACACGGGAACAGGCUUUCCGGACAGAGUGAACUGGGGGGCGUCUGGGAAUGGACAAGCACUCCCCUGCAUGCACAUGAGGGGUUCAAAUCUAUGGAGCUUUAUCCAGGAUAUUCAGCCGACUUUUUCGGUGGAAAACAUAAUAUUGUUUUGGGGGGCUCUUGGGCAACCCAUCCUCGAAUCGCUGGCCGAACAACAUUUGUGAACUGGUUCCAACGCAAUUAUAUCUAUGUAUGGGCAGGUGCACGUCUGGUUCGGGAUAUCUGA